GACUCUAUGGUGCAGACAAGUUGUGAUUGUUUGUGAAGUGUGAACUAUUUUGUGAAUUUUAACGCUAAUGCUAUUAUCAAUAAGUUUUCUUGAACACUAAGAGAGAUCCAAGUCUUCGUGAGUAUUACAAUAUAAAAAAACAAUUCAUUCUUAACAAAAACAACACACGCCACCUCUUCCUCAAACCGAAUUGACGCUGUAAGUAAACUAAAUAUACAUAAGAUGUCUGAUACAAGUGACCUGGACCGUCAAAUAGAACAAUUGAAAAGAUGCGAGAUAAUAAUGGAGGCGGAGGUUAAGGCACUUUGUGCGAAAGCCCGCGAGAUUCUUGUCGAAGAAAGUAACGUGCAACGAGUAGACUCACCAGUUACGGUUUGUGGUGACAUUCAUGGACAAUUUUAUGACCUUAAAGAGUUAUUUAAAGUAGGUGGUGAUGUUCCCGAGACGAAUUACCUGUUUAUGGGUGAUUUUGUUGACAGAGGCUUUUAUUCAGUCGAAACUUUCUUACUAUUACUGGCAUUGAAGGUUCGUUAUCCAGACCGUAUAACACUGAUCCGUGGCAACCAUGAGUCACGUCAGAUCACACAAGUUUAUGGAUUCUACGAUGAAUGUUUAAGGAAAUAUGGUUCGAUUACUGUGUGGAGGUACUGUACAGAAAUCUUCGACUAUUUAUCUCUGUCAGCUAUAAUUGAUGGAAGGAUAUUCUGUGUGCACGGCGGUCUCAGUCCCUCCAUACAGACAUUAGAUCAGAUACGUACGAUAGAUCGUAAACAAGAAGUACCUCAUGAUGGACCAAUGUGUGAUUUAUUGUGGAGCGACCCUGAAGAUACUCAGGGGUGGGGUGUGUCGCCGCGUGGCGCGGGCUACCUGUUUGGGUCGGACGUGGUAGCACAGUUCAAUGUAUCCAAUGACAUCGACAUGAUCUGUCGCGCGCACCAGCUCGUCAUGGAGGGCUACAAGUGGCACUUCAAUGAGACCGUGCUCACAGUCUGGUCCGCACCUAAUUAUUGUUACAGAUGUGGCAAUGUAGCGGCUAUCCUAGAACUGAAUGAGAACCUCCAGCGAGAGUUCACAAUAUUCGAGGCAGCUCCGCAGGAAUCUCGAGGUGUGCCUUCGAAGAAACCUCAGGCGGAUUACUUUUUAUAAUGUUUAAUAGACAAUUGAAGCCGGACGUAUCCAUGUAGUGAUAAAACAAUUUAACGUGUUUAGUGAAUGAAUGAGUGCUUAAGACCAAUGUGAAUGAUUUCUGUGUAAUGUAAGGAUAAUGGUUUUUAUAUGAUGUGUCUGAAAUAUUCAAUUGGAAUUUAGAUUAAAUGAUUUUUAAGAAUUUGCAAGUUAUAAACUAAUUGGAAGUAAUGCUCAAAAUUUAUUUUAAAUUUUCAUGUACAGUUCCCUUCGCUGUCGGUGAAGCAUCUUGAAAACUGAUUGUAUAAACAUUUUGUACAUCCCUAAUUUAAAAGGUAGAAAUAAUUUAAAAAACAAAAUGCGUUUGUACAAAGAAUUGUAUAAAUAAAAUGUACUUACAGUAAAUAUUUCAGUGUACAUCAUAUAAGAAUUCAUUAUUAGAAUUAUUCUGUUUUUUUAACAAAUAGCUAUGCAAUCUAAAUCUUAUUUCUCUACCAUUCAUAUGAUUUUGAUCGUUUUGAUGUGAAAAAUAAUUAGCAAUAAACAUUUUCAAGCACUACGUUAGGAUAACAGUAGAAUUCCACUGCAGUGAUUAAACACAUAUUGUCUCUAUUUUGUUAAAGAGAAGGAAAAAGAUGGCAAUACGGUCACUGCAGUAGUUUUGUACUGUAUUUGCACGGUUAUUAAUGUAGUGUAUAGUGAAAGACAUUUAAGUAGAAUCAUACAGUUAAAUCCCUUUUCCACAAAGCGAUCAGUCGCACCACAAUUCCGCCAGUGAAAAUUUGACAAACUGCAAUGGUUAUAACAAUGAUGGGAUCUGGAUAAAUCGAUGUAUAGUCGCGGAAAUACACAGUGUUUCAUUUGUCCUUUAUUACAAAAUAAUUAGGAUAAUAAUAAUAAAACAAUUAACCGUGUAACAUGACCAUAUUUUCUUCGUACAGAAACAUUUUAAAGUUGACUUUCUAUUGGUUAUUGUUUCGCGUUGUCUCAAUGCGUACAAAACAUUGGAUACUUUUAAAUCAGUACACCGCCAGAUUUCCUAAUUGUACUUACAGUUUUGACAUACCGAUUUUAUUUGACAUUUUCAUGGCAAGGGACUCUUAAUUCACGUUCUACUUAAUGUCUUUUACUAUUUUUGAAUGUCAUUAAAAUAAUUGUAUAUUUCAUAAUUAGAAUAAGUAAAAUGAUUUAACGAUAUACAAUUCACUGCCGUUAUAUUAGAAAAUAACGUAAUUAUUGAUGUUUUCAAAUAUCUUGUCGGAAUA